GCGUUGAAGGUCCAUUCUCAAUUCCUAAUGCGUUCGCAAAAUAGGCGUGCCGGAAUAAAGGGAAAAUCGUCGUCCGUGGAUUGUUGGCGUUAAUCUGACUCCAAAUUCGAAGGUGGACUAAAUUCUGGUGACGUGCGGUGAGCACGUUAACUUAAUCCCAUCAUGAUUGUCAAAGGGGAUUCGCUUCCUCCUCCGAAGGAAUUAACGGGGCCCGUGAUUUUUGACGAUUGGAAAGAUGUCGAGGCGUUUGCGGAUCGACACUUCGAGCUUUAUGCUCAAACGCAUUUGGGACGAUAUUCAUUCAGGAUGGCCGACAAGCGGAGGGAAUGGGCGAAAAACAUGAAAAACGAACUCAGGAUUUCUGAGCUGCAAGAACUCGAUUUUCAUCAACUGUUGGAAAAAGAUACUGGAGAUAUUAUAAUUCCGCUUUCUAUCUUGGGACCUUUGCAUCCCGCCGGAACUCCACCUGUCGAGCCGUUUUUCCCUAUCGACAAACGGAAGAAUGGGAAAGAUGUGACAUGGACCGAUGUUUACAGUAUUCCAUGGGUCGUUUAUCCAGAUGGCAGAUCUGAUCUAUUGCUGGAUCGUCCUCUGGGAGGCCCGCGAAUCAAAGAUCGAGAGCGUGAGCGAGAACUCCAGCGUUAUCAAAUGGUCGCCGGGAAGAUGGCGGCCGGAGGUGGCCCUAAGGUCGGCGACGAAGCCAAGAAGAUGAUUGACAACUUCGCUAUCCCCGAGCCGAAAUUCGUACCGAAGAGUCCGCAACAAAUUGCCCGGCAGUCGGCAGCGAUGCGACGGACUGCCCGCUCCAUGGACUGCGUCCGUAGCAUCAUGGAGCCCGAACACGUGCCGCCUCGCGACAAGUUGGCCUCGUCUCCGUCGUACGUCAUGGAGGGCUUUGACUUCAAGGACACCAUCAAUGUCAUCAAUUUCGACCAAGAUUCGAGGGCUGCAAAUGCCGGUCGGUUCAGGUCAAGUGGGCGGUCGCGGCGUAGGUCUCCAGCCGGUCCGUUCCCGGACACGAUCGAACCGCAUUGUCCGGUUCAUGAGGUAUACGCGGACGGGGAGCCGUGUGACCCGUUGUCAGUUCCGCCAGAACAGCCUGAUAAGGAAAAUUUCUUGGUGGCCCUUUGGAAAAUGAUCUUCCCGUCGUGUGCUGAAGAUUCUGUGAAAGAACCAGAGCCGUGUAUCGAUGGAGAUAUUUUGGAUGCUGAACUCGAAGAGGAAGAGGAAACGUCUAGUGGAAAAUUGAAAGCAAAGGAGGAAGAGCAGCCCUUCCCAUUCGGAUCAUAUCCAGACCUCACGCCACAUAAACACAUACUCAAAUACACAUGGAAGAAUGAAGUGCAGCCAACAGGGCCGGGACUCGCUGGUGGAGAUGCUGGUGCCACUGCGUAUCUGAACGAACGCCGGAGACGAAUGCAGCAGAGGAUCUAUGGAAAUGAUUAGAUUUUAAGAAGAAAAUCCAUUUCAUUUUUCGGCGUGGGUAUAACUUAUGCUCAAAAAAAUUCGCAUGUCAUUAUUGCGACGCUUUCGGUGAUCAUCUGACCAACUUGCAUUCAAAAUUCUUGAUUCUGUGUUGAGUUAUUCUCGUACGUAAUUAAACAAAUUAAUAUUGAAAUAUC